CUUUUAUUCAUACAUACAUUGAUAAUGAAGGAAUUCGCUUUGCAUUUUUGGGGUGAAAAAAAUGACGGGUUUGAUGUUCUUUAUCAAAAUUACAAAACUAAUAUUCAGACCUCAAAAGAAUUAUCUCAUCUAUUUGAAGAAAGGUGUGUUUUAGAAGAAUAUUGCUAUAAAUCUUUUUUAAAACUUGCAAAAACAACCUCAGGGCAUUAUCUUAAUAAUUCUUACAGUUCUUUUAGUCCCAUUUGGCAUAUUCUUCAAGAAUCUAUGGAAAAAAUUUCCAAUAUGAAUUUGGUUUUUUUACAUUCAUUACAAGAAGCUGUAAAAGAUAUUCAUAAAUACACAGAUGAGCAAAACAAACAAUACAAAUAUGUCAAAGAUGAAGAAUCGUCAACCUCUAAAUCAAUUGAAGCAUUUGUCACUGUUAAAAACAAUGUCAUUAAGAUUCAAGACUUGUAUCAUCAAAAAUUUCUGGAAGCCCAAAAAUCGCAUCCCGAAAGCGACAACAUAUCCACUAAAGAAAGGGAAAAGAUAGAAGCGAAAAUGGAUAAGCUAAAAGAAGAAUACAAAAAUAGUAUCAAUAAAUACAAUGGGUCAUGUGACGCCUACAUUAAAAAUAUGCUAAUAUCUUGCCAAAAAUUUCAGGAUUACGAAGUUUAUCAUCUGACGAAAAUGAAAUCCUUCGUUACGAAUUACGCCGAUAUUCUCUUCAACACGUCCGCCUCUAUGUCGCAAAUGGUGAACGAUUUGAAAACGGCGCUCGACCAAACUGCAAUCGAAAAUAUGAUCGAAUUAUUCGUGACUAAAAAACAAACAGGCACGCAGUUACCUAAACAUUACGAACCUAGUUUGGAUAUAGCUAACUCAGUUAUAUUCAAUAACAACAAUGAUAAAAUAAUAUCUCCCAGCAGUAACAGCAAUGCUUCUAACAAUAGCAAAAAUCUUCCAGCCUCCAUGUCUUCCCAAACUUCCACUUCGUUCCUCAGGGAAGGAUUUUUCAGAGCCAUCAAAAAAAACCACAAGAAGAAAAGGCUCGAUCUAGCUAAUUCCACUUUGUCUCAGUCUAAUAUUUCGCCCUUGAAUACUAACGAGUUUCCCACGGAUGGUGUCUAUGGAUAUUCCGAAUAUCCGAACUCUAACACGACUCUCGUCGAUAAGGAGGGUUAUUCAAUCAAACCGACAGAAACGACAAAUUCUAAAGCUACAAUAUCUUCUUCUAGCGACUCGGAAACAGACAAUGACGAAGAAGAAUCAACUAAUAAAAUGAGGAUAGAGAUAAAGCCCGUACAAUACAUGAUGUCCAGUCAGUUAUCUCUAGAGGAGCUCAAGAAAUCGGUGGAUAAAUUGGUCAUAUCACCUCAAUUGACGGGCCAGACAUACCGCUCCCGACAAUCCAGAAUGAAAAACAAGUAUUUGACGAGGUGUAAAAGCGAAGAUUUGGAUAUACAAGACCCAUCUAGUUUUGUCUCCCCUUCUAAAUUUGAUGAAAAAUAUGGGAGAUACGACCAACGUCCCGCGAAUUCCACCAUGAUUCAGCGAUAUUUUGACGAACAAACGUUGCACGAAAAUCCAUCCAACGAGGACGACAAUAGAUCAUUCAAUUCUUUGGCUUCUCAACGAUUGAACUUGCCACUCGGUCAUAUACAUGAAAACACAGCAACCGAAUCUGACUCUUCUUGUUUUGGCUCCCGAUCUCAUAGCCCGCUCUCUUUCGCUUCAUCCUCUGCUUGGGAAGAUACGAACAGCGAAAUUUACGCCUCCCAUAGAUCAAGCGGUAAAAUGAGGGUCGGAUUUUGGUGUAGGGAAAAGAUUUCGCGCAUUAACGGAAAAGCCAUAAUUAAUGGCGACAUAAAACUAAUCUUUCCGUCCAAACUCAAAUUUGCCUUAUCGGAAACGCCCAUGCCGCCUCUGUGCCUAAACGUCAAAUUUGUCGAAGGCUUUGAUAUUACUAAACAAAACGAUUCUAUUAUCAAUUCUUCAUCAAACCCCGAGGCCAACAAUCUUUUGCUGAAUUUCGAUACUUGUGCUUUGGAGGAUAGCAUCAAAAGUUUUAAACCUCAGCUCAUCAAACAUGCAUCUUGGGAUAAUAGGAAUGGGUUGACUAGUGGUAAAUUUAAUGUCCUGGACGUAAUUAAUUAUCAGAAAUGUCAAAUCUAUGAUUUACCCUCAUGCAACUUAGCUCCCUUAACUCUUUCUUGCACCUGGAGACACAAUUUAGCUUCCAGAACUAUCGAACUAAGGGUGCUUUACAGUUUAAACAAGGAUUUCUUUUGUGCCGUGGACCACAAUUCUGCUUCAAAUAAUACUAAUAAUUCUGAUAAGUUUUACGGCAAUGGCAAUAACUCUAAUGGGCAAAUAGUUUUGAGGGAUGUGGAGAUUGGGGCUUAUUUGUCAGUCAGCGGGGAUGCCUUCAGGAUUCAAUCCAAACCUCAUAGCCUUUGGGAUCCGAAAUCCAAAAAACUUUACUGGAAGCUCAAAGACUUGGCUCUCAACCUGGCGAAUAACGGGACCGAAGAAAAUGUUGGCUCCUUACGUGCUAAAUAUGAAUAUCAUUUGUCGGACCAAAAUGAGAGAGGAAAAAAUGAAUCGGUUAAUAUCGAUAUUAGGGACCUGAAGAAACAGAUAGUCUACGCUAAAUUUCAUUGCAAAGGCUACCUUUUAAGUGGAGUAGAAUUGGCGCCUGUUGGGAUAAAUGAUUCGCUUUUCAAAUUCUCUGUAAAACGCAGUUUUUCGUCCGGAAAAUAUUUAGCAAAUUGCAAAUAAAGCAUGUACCUUCUCAAACACUUUACCCAACUAUCCCAGCUUUUGACGUUUUGAGAUUAUAGAUAUUGUCCUGCAACAAUAGAAAAUACACUACUUAUAAAAAUUUUAUAAAUUUGUGAUAUUUUGUUACAGGUUACAAAAAUGUUUAUUCUAUAUUUU